AUGAACCAUGCUGGCAUGCUAGCUCUUGUGAAAAAGAGGAAGAGGCCGGUUGACGCUGGUGCUCAGGGUCAGGUAGAGGUCAAGUUCAAGGAGGUGACUCUGUAUCUGGUGGAGAGGAAGAUGGGCAGCAGUAGAAGGAACUUUCUGACCAGCCUGGCCAGGUCAAAGGGCUUUAGGGUGGAAGAUGUCCUCAGUGAUGAUGUCACUCACGUGGUGGCGGAGGACAAUCAGGCUGAGGUGUUGUGGGCGUGGCUGAUGGGACAUGGUCUGAGGGAUGUCUCCAGACUGGCUGUGCUGGACAUCUCCUGGUUCACGGACAGCAUGAGAGAGGGGAGACCUGUCAGAGUGGAGACCAGGCACUGUAUUCAGAACACACCCACAGGGACAGACUGUUCUCCACCCACUGCUGUGGCCAAUGUUUCUCAAUACGCAUGUCAGAGGCGGACGACCACGGAAAAUCACAACAAGAUAUUCACAGAUGUGAUGGAGGAGCUGGCUGAAAGUUCUGAGUUCAAUGAAAGUAAAGGUCCAUGCCUGGCAUUCCGUCAAGCAGCCUCAGUCCUGAAGAGUCUGCCGUCAGCAGUGCACUGUCUGGAGGCCAUCCAGGGCCUCCCCUGCCUGGGGGAACACACCAAGGCUGUCAUGGAGGAGAUCCUUACAUUUGGCCGCUCUUUUAAAGUUGAAGAGAUACGGUGUGAUGAACGAUAUCAAGCGCUUAAGCUGUUCACCAGUGUGUUCGGGGUUGGACCCAAAACAGCUGAGAAGUGGUACCGCAGAGGGCUGCGCUCACUCCAGGAGAUUUUGACCGAGCCCAACAUCCAGUUGAACAGGAUGCAGAGAGCUGGUUUCCUGUAUUACAGUGACAUCUCCAAGGCUGUCAGUAAAGCCGAGGCCAAAGCUCUUGGAUGCAUCAUCGAAGAGACAGUCCACUGGAUCGCACCCGAUGCUAUACUGGCACUGACAGGUGGCUUUCGCAGGGGGAAAGAGUAUGGGCAUGAUGUGGACUUCCUCUUGACUAUGCCUGAGAUGGGGAAAGAAGAGGGGCUACUGCUUCAUGUGAUUGACAGACUGAAGGACCAGGGCAUUUUGCUGUACUGCGAGUACCAGGGCUCCACCUUUGAUGUGAGCAAGCUGCCUAGUUGCAGGUUUGAGGACAUGGACUGCUUCCAGAAGUGCUUCCUGAUCCUGAGGCUGGAACAGGGCCAGGUGGAGGGGGAGAGAGGGCUGCAGAGGGACCCAGGGGACAGCAGGGGCUGGAGGGCCGUACGGGUGGACCUGGUGGCUCCACCUGUUGACCGCUACGCUUUUGCCCUCCUAGGCUGGACCGGCUCCAGGCAGUUUGGGAGAGAUCUGAGGACAUUUGCCCAGAAGGAGAGGCAGAUGCUUCUUGACAACCAUGCCCUGUAUGACAAAACUAAGAAACUAUGCCUACUGGCGACUACUGAGGAGGACAUCUUUGCCCAUCUGGGUUUGGAGUAUGUGGAGCCUUGGCAGAGAAAUGCAUAAGCAUCAUCCUCUCACAGACACCCAUACAAUACCACCUUUAUACAUACAGUACAUUAGGGGUU